ACGACAAAGCUAUCCGAGAAAACAUCAUCCGCGGCGAUAACUUUUACUGGGAAGCAUCUUGUUCAAAGGCGAAUAAAGUAAAUUUCAUGUUUUGGGAUUGGUACUAUGGCGCUAUGAAAUUCAUAAAAGACAAUAUCAAGAAUUUAUGGGAAGAAGGUCUCGUCGAGGGAUUUGCAAGCAAUGCAUUCUUGGAGGAACAGUUUCCCAACUAUCCUAUCGGCACCUUUUUGCUACGAUUCUCGGAGAGUACAGUUGGCGUACUGAUAUUGAUGUGGGUGGGAGAGAUUGAAGUCGUUCAGGUGCCCCUGAAUUCAAGUGAAGAGUUCAUGAUGAAAAAUCGUACAUCAAACAACUUAAAAGAGUCUGUCAUUGUGAAUAUUAUUCAAGAUCUAAAACAGUGUACACAGCUCUGUGACGGCACACCAAAAGAUAAAGCCUUUAAAAGUUUCGCCACAACACCAAGUGAUAAAAAAUCGAGUGAUAAAAUUACCGAAAAAUAUAAAUUUCUCAAGAUAAUACAUGCCGUAAAUAAUUCGAGUACAAGCGAUGAAAAUACCGCAAUUGCAGUCUCUAACUCACUUAAUUUGAAUUCACCUAUGCCAAAUAAUAUCUAUGGUUCAUCUAUGCAAGGUAAUAUCUAUAGCUCACCACUGCCAAAUAAUAUCUAUGGUUCGCCUGUACAAAGUACUACUUCUGGAUCCAAUUCACCAGGCUCAAGCAUGUAUGCUCGAUUCACGAACCAAUCGCCGGCUCUACCUGAAUCCCAUAAUGAUACCACUGGAAUGAUAUGGGAUCCAAGUUCAGUAGACAAUUAUUUCUUUUCAAAUACCGAAAUAAACAAUUUAACUUCUAUACUUGAAGAUUAUGAAAUGACCACGCCGAUUCAAGUAGACGUUAUUAAUUCUUUGCAAUCUUCAGUGCCAAGCACUCCAUCACCGAUCGUUGAUCCAACACCGGUACCCAAAUUUGUGGAUACUUUUGGCAACAUUUGCAACUUCAAGUGUUCAUUCAACUAAGCUAGAUUGUAAAUAACCAAUGAUAAUCCAUUCAAAUGAUGAUGUGAUGCCGAUUUUGCAUAAUUUCUCGUCCAUAAUUUCCAUCUACUUCAGGCCAAAGUUCACACCUGUGCUGGUAUUCUAGCGACAUAAUUCCGAUCGAAACUAUGGUUUUAAGUGUGAAACAAUGUGUUCGAUCAUUUUACUGUGUUACUCAAUGAGUUCGAUCAUUGUUCCACACACAAAACAAUUAUUCCGAUAAACAAUAGUUUCGAUCGGAACAAACCCGGUAAUAUGAUGACUAUUGUCCGUUCCCAAAUCUACGACAACGCCAUCUCUUGUUCCCCAUCUGUUGCGAAUUUUUUAACCAACCAUUGAUUGGUUCAAAUUAAAUAGUUUAAUAUAAAUUCAAAAAGGGUUCAAGUCUAAUCCCGAAUAUUUGAAAAAUCCUCAGGUAAAAUAUUAAAACAAAACUUAAAACAAUUUUUUUGAAUUCAUUUUUUUAAUUGUCGUCGAUUUCAUGGAGUAAACAUCACACUUUAUAACAGAAGAACGAAACAUGCUGUAUAUGAAAAUACUAAUACAUGUGCGCAUGCUCAGCUUCAUUUCUGUGAUGACCACUUUAAGCGUACAUGUGAUGCUUGUGUAUGUAUUGUUUCUUUAAUCUCUACAGUGUACUUUACUGUCAAUUUCGCUCCUUCAAAUCGAUGGCAAUUUAUAAUAAAAUGAAUUUUGUAUCAACAAAUGAUUUAAAUAUGGUUUCAAUGAUUUAAAUGAGGAUUUUUUUCAAAAAAUUUGGGAUUAAAAUUAAAUACUUUUAUUUUACCGUAAAACCUGUCAAUAAUGGAACCUGGGAAUAGUGGAAUUCUUGUCAAUAGUGGAAAAAAAAUUUCGCCGUUGAGCUCUCCCAUAUAAAAUGACCUGGUAAUAGUGGAAAAUUGUAUAA